UCGUGACUGUAGAGAGACGGGGCUUGCAUCGACGCUCGUCCCCACGCCUUUGAUAACGCAAUCGGCCUACACAAUUCUUCAACACUCCACUGCCAUUUCUCUCAUCUUUCUCUCUCUUCAACUCUCCAUUGCCGUUGCUCUAAUGGCUGGAGACGCCCUCUCUCUCCGACCUUCUCUCCCAAUCCCCUCUGCAAAUUCCUCAACACAUCAUACAGGCUUCAGACCACCUCCGCCUCCCUCUCUUUCUUCCUCCCCUUUCCCCUUAGACUCUCUCCUUCAAAACCUCCUCCACCUCUCUUCUCCUCCUCCAAACAACACAAUCCACUUCCCCUCAAAACCCAACUACCCAUCUCUUCGCCACUCUUCCUCUCUCUCUAAGCCCACCCAUGAUCCAAUUCGGAUCCCCGCCCGUCUCCCCUUCCUCUCAAAAUCUUCGAAGUCAAUCCUCAAUUCUAUUCUCAAGCUUAGUGAUAGCUCUGAUACUAUCUAUGGCUUCUUAGAUUCCGCGAAAGAUGGGGUUCUUGGUUCUGAUUUAUUUGGGCUCAUAAAGGGCUUAGAGCUCUGCGGCAACUGGGAGAAGGCUCUGCUUUUGUUUGAAUGGGUCAUUGCCCAAAACCCAUCAAAAUUGGACCAAAAAGCUGUGGAGUUAAUGGUGAGGGUUUUGAGCCGGGAGUCUCAGCACUCUGUUGCUUCAAAGCUCUUCGAGAGAACAGACGCUGACGAAUGCAGUCUAGAUGUUCGAUCCCUCACUUCUGUUCUUUAUGCGUAUUCUCGAAUGGGUGACUAUCAAAAGGCAAUUAGUCUCUUUGUGAAGAUGAAAGAGAAAGGUCUUGAACCCACUCUGGUUACCUACAACAUAAUGCUUGAUGUUUAUGGGAGGAUGGGUCGGUCAUGGAAUCAAAUAUUGGGGCUUCUUGAUGAGAUGACAGAGAAAGGAUUGAAACUUGAUGAGUUUACUUUCAGUACAGUGAUAUCUGCUUGUGGCCGUGAAGGCCUGUGUGAAGAGGCAGUCAAAUUUUUCAAUGGGUUGAAAUCAAAUGGCUAUGUUCCAGGUAAGGUGGCCUAUAAUUCUCUUCUCAGUGUUUUUGCAAAGGCUGGAAUUCAUUCUGAAGCGUUGAGAACUUUGAAAGAAAUGGAAGAAAGCAAUUGCCCACCAGACACUGUAACAUACAAUGAAUUGGUUCUUGCUUAUAUAAGAGCUGGCUUCUUAGAAGAAGCAGCUUCUGUUGUUGAUACAAUGAGCUCUAGAGGUGUGAUGCCUAAUACUGUAACUUACACUACUUUGAUAAAUGCAUAUGGAAAGGCUGGAAAAGAGGAAUUAGCCUUAGAAAUAUUUGAUAGAAUGAGAAGUUUGGGAUGCCCACCCAAUCUGUGUACUUAUAAUGCGAUUCUUGGGAUGCUUGGUAGGAAAUUGAGGUCGGAAGAGAUGAUGGCUGUUUUAAGUGAGAUGAAAGUCAAUGGGUGUGUUCCAAACAGGGUCACAUGGAACACAAUGUUGGCCAUGUGUGGAACUAAGGGGAAGGAGAAGUAUGUGAAUCAAGUGUUUAAGGAGAUGAAGAACUGUGGGGUUGAGCCUGAUCGAGAUACUUUCAAUACGUUGAUUAGUGCUUAUGGUCGUUGCGGAAGAGGGGUUCAUGCUUUGCAAAUAUAUGAAGAGAUGAUUAAGGCUGGUUUUACACCUGAUCUCUCAACCUAUAAUUCGAUUUUGAACGCAUUUGCAAGAAGGGGAGAUUGGGAGGCAGCUGAAACUAUUCUUAGAGACAUUAGGAGUAAGGGGUACAGGCCUAAUGAAACAACCCAUUCUCUUAUGCUACAUGCAUAUGGUAAGGGAGGUAAUAUGGAAGGGAUACGAGAUAUCGAAUCUGAGGUUUAUGGUGGGUCGAUUUUCCCAAGUUGGGUGCUAUUGAGGACCCUUGUGCUCGUAUAUUUUAAAUGUAGGCAGUUGAAUGGCAUGGAGAGAGCUUUCAAGGAGCUGAAGAGAAAUGGGUAUAAGCCUGAUUUGGUCAUCUUCAACUCCAUGAUUUCUAUUUACACAAAAAAUAGGAUGUAUGAUCAGGCACAAGAUAUGUUAUGCUCGAUUCAUGAGAGUGGGUUGCAUCCUGAUAUUGUCACAUACAAUUGCUUGAUGGAUAUGCAUGCGAGAGGUGGGGAUUAUCGAAAAGCCGAAGAGAUCCUUAGAGGACUACAAAGCUCAGGGCUAAAGCCUGACAUUGUGUCUUACAACACUGUGAUUAAGGGGUUUUGCAAGAGAGGUCUCAUGCAAGAUGGUUUGAGGAUCAUCUCUGAGAUGACAGCUUCAGGCAUGUGUCCAUGCACUGUGACAUACAAUACAUUUGUUGCUGGCUAUUCAAGCCUUGGACUGUUUGAAGAGGUGAGAGAUGUCAUUAAAUAUAUGGUUGAACACAAUUGUAGGCCUAAUGAGCUGACUUACAACACCGUCAUUGAUGCUUAUUGUAGAGCAAGAAAAUUCCGAGAUGCGAUGGAUUUUGUUUCCAAUAUCAGGGAAUUGGAUCCUUUGCUUGAGGAUCAAUCAGUAAGAAAGCUUGCUACGCGAGUAAGAGAGAUGGAAGAGUUGUAAAAUCAUGAUUUUGUAACACGAGUAAGAGAGAUGGAAGAGUUGUAAAAUCACGAUUUUGUAACAGUGAAAUUAAUUGUUGAUGGUUACUGUAGAGCAAGAAAAUUCCAAGAUGAGAUGGAUUUUUUUUCCAAUAUCAGGGAAUUGGAUCCUAUGCUUGAGGAUCGAGUGGAAAAAAAGCUUGCUAAGCAUGCAAGAGAGUUGAACGAAUUGUAAAAUCGUGAUUUUGUAGAAAUUGAUUUACCA